AUGAACGCCAUAAUCAGCUCUCUUCGUCCCCCACUAAACUCUCUACAUUGGCGUAAAGACUUUUCGAACCGCCAGACGACUCUCUACCACGGCCAGGAUAACCGGUUGCGCGUCCCCAACGGUGCAUCAGUGAUCGACGAAUUCUUCCGCAGCUAUAAUCCCGAUCUGUCCCCACCCCGCCGCCAUGAGCUGUUGAAACUCUUCCUCGCGCAGACUGGAGCUACACGCUCAUUUCCGGAGUUCAUCGGGGGCCAAAGCUCACCAGCGGACAGAAGACAGCUUGCCAUAAUUGAUGACCGAUGUGAUCCCUGCUUGAAGUUUACCAGCCUCCCGGAAAGCGCAGCUUUCUUGCCUGUCCGACAAUGGGAAUCCGAAGAAUAUAUGCGACGACCUCCUGGGGGUUUGCAUGUUAGUGUCUGCGGCGUGGACGCGGAGACGCUCUACACGCAUCUUAAUCGGGAUAGAGCAGGAUUUGCAGAGCGCCGAAUAAUAAAAGAAAAUUACCAACUUCGAGACGGUCGGAAACUCCGGAAACACCGUCUCGUUAGCCUUUCAGGCCAGGAUGCCAUCUAUGAGGCGCAAAUUUCCUUGAUCGUGUUCGGAGUCGAUGAAUACUUCUGGACCGCCUAUUUCUGCGAAGACGCGUACCUUCGAGCCAAUAAUCCCAUUACAGAGUACCUGCAGGAUGAGGUAGAUGGACCAUCAUCAGGCUUACGAAUGAAUCAAUUUCCUAUUUGGGAUCCACGAUACUAUUUCCUUUCCAUUCUAGUCAUUCGCACGAGUCAGAUCACGAUGGAAUGGGCAGUUUUGAUGGAAAUCAUCGUGCAUGAUAUUGAUAAGCGCGAUGACGUAUUCCUCGAGGAUGACCCGUCUCUGAAAAAGACUAAAGAAUAUACUUGGACUCUAGGAACACUACGAAGGCUCCGUAACCUACUAGCCCGAGUGAUCGCUACGCUAGUCUCCUUUCAAGCGAACAGUGGUGUCUACUUUGAUCUCGAAACCGAAGGCGCCCUGUACGACCGAUUCCGCGAGUGUUUCGACCAGGUGCGCCAAUUCACAGCCGAACUGGCUACUGUCCGGAUGGUCCUAGAGCAGCAGAUCGAAACAUUAGAGAAGAUGUCGGAUGUGUUGGUGAAUGCUUCCUCACUUGCGGAGAGCAUGACGGCUACCCACCAGGGAAAUAAUAUCCGGCUUUUGACGUACAUUAGCAUCAUAUACCUUCCUCUGGGUUUAGUUACGGGUAUAUUCGGUAUGAAUCAAGUCAGCGGUGAAAACGCCUGGUGGAAAUACUGGCUUUGUGUCAUCUGUCUCACGGGUGGCACUAUAACCGCGACUCUUGGGUUACAGAGAAUGGUUCCAUGGUGGAGACAGGGGCAAGAAAAACAUACUUGA